AGCAGACUUCCGUGAGUUUCCGGAACAUUCGUCACUUCCGGCUUCGUUUUUGAAAUUUCUGAGCUAACCGGUGCACUAACGUGUUAGUAUUUUUUAUUUAAAAUAAAGUAUACUAUUAUUACCUGUUAGAGCGUGAGCGGUGUGAUGGACAUUCAGGGUAUGGAGCCAAUGUCUCUUGGUUCUCCAUCGUCCCCAAAGCCUGUGGGUGGAGCUCAGUUCCUCCCCGGGUUCCUGAUGGGUGACCUGCCUGCUCCUGCUACACCACAGCCCAGACCCCUGAGCCUGAGUGUGGGCGGAGCCGAGACCAGAGCCCUGCCCCUCACAGGUGUAUCAGGAGGUUCUCCUCCUCAGCCGGUGGUUCCUACUCCUAAAGAUAAAAGCGGUGCUCCUCCUGUGAGGAGUAUCUAUGAUGACCUGUCCAGUCCUGUGGUCGGGUUCUCUCCACUCGCAUCACGCAAACAGGCGUUCUCCAUGAUGCAUACUCCUCUGUCCGGUGUGGCUGCAACUCCAGGAUCUGGCAGUGUGUUUAGCCCCGCCUCUUUAGGACAGGUGAAGAAUGCCCUGUCACCUGCUCAGGUAGAUCCUUUCUUCACUCAGGGAGACGCCCUGUCCUCUGAGGACCAGCUCGAUGAGACCUGGGUCACUGUCUUUGGGUUUCCCCCAGCCUCCGCAUCCUACAUCCUGCUGCAGUUUGCUCAGUACGGGAACAUCCUCAAACACGUGAUGUCUAACUCAGGAAACUGGAUGCACAUUCAAUAUCAGUCCAAACUGCAGGCCAGGAAAGCGCUCAGUAAAGAUGGCAAGAUAUUCGGAGAAGCAAUCAUGAUUGGAGUGAAACCUUGUAUCGAUAAGAGUGUGAUGGAGUGCUCAGACAGGAGCAGUGCUGCAGUGUUCACUCCUCCGGUGAAGAACAGUAGCAAUGUGGCUUCCAUCUCCACACCACGAUCAUCCAUGAGACCCCUCAGCACACCACUCACACACACCAAUGCCGACUAUCAGGUGGUGUCGGACAAAGGGACCCCGCGGAAAGACGACAGCUUUGUGUCCAAAGCGAUGGAGUACAUGUUUGGUUGGUGAUGAAGGUGUGAGACAGGUGAUGUCACCGGGUGAGAGUGAGAUGGAGGUGUGAGACAGGUCACACAGAGCACUUUAGUGUACGCUGGAUCCUGAUAAAUGGACACACACACACACACACACACACACACACACACACACACACACACACACAAAAGCUCUCAGCAGGGUGUGAUGAUGUAUGACUGUCAUAGCCUUAAUCCUGCUGCUCAGAGAUCAGAGAUAUCUCUAAUCACAGUUAUAAUGACAUCAUCACAGAUCCUUUUAAUCAUCUGUAACAGAUAAUGUUUUUUAACCGCAUGUGCAUUCAGAACUUUAUCAUUACAUCCACACUGUUUGUAUUUUGUAUUCUCUCUCUCUUCUGUAAUGAUGUUGUGUAAAUAAAUCUCUCUUUGUCUAA